CUUCUCUUCGGCAGCAUCAUUCAAGAUUAACCUUCAAGAUAAACAUUACUAUCAGUUGAACUAUAAACAUUUAUGUGAAAUGAGUCAUGUCAUUAGUUUGUGAGUUAUCAAUGUUUACUGGCUAAUCUAAGAUGGCGUACCUACGUAGAUUUCGGAAGUUACGAUCUGUAAGUUUUAAAGGCAACCCAUGCUGCGAUGAUCCAAUGUCCUACCAAUUCAUUAGAGCAGCUCUUCCGAGAGUCACCUACGUGGACUAUAAGAUCGUCACUGAAGAAGAAAGAGAGAGCGGGAGAUCUAUGUUUAGAGGUCUUAUACGCAAAAUGGACGAGGCGGAUGAGAAGACUGAACAGGAGAGGAUUGCUAAAGAGGAAUAUGACGCUAAGGUCACGUUCUACGCCAUGUCCUUUGUUGAAUACCUCAGUGGGCCUGAACUCCUGGAAACUAUGUUUGAAAAGGAUUCUGACGGACAGACCCUACUAAGCUUCGGUGGAGAACUUCAAUCGUAUUUUGAUCAGUACAAAGAAAACUACGUAGAAACGAUGGCAAAUCUUGUAGAAUUUGCCCAAGAAGCAUACAAUGACAGACAGAACGAAAUUAAACUGUUCAAGGAUCUAGUAGACAGUGCUCUAUCAGAAACUGUAGAGAAAAGUAAAAAAGUGCUAGAAGAGUUCCAAGGUAAGAAGAAGCCGAUAAUGGCUCAAGUGGCAGAUAUUAGCAACCAGUUCAAGGCAAAACAGAUCAGCUUGGAACAGAUGGAACCGAUGCUGCUGGACCUUGGUGAGACUUACCAUGAGAUGUUGUACGAACUGUGGAAGAGCCUGAUGACUAUAGAGAUGCAGCUGUUUGAACAAUGUGAGGACUCACGCGUUCAGUUCUCAGUGAACAUGGCUGAAAAGGUGACGAAGUUGCUGGAAGUGUCCCGUAUGGCAUUCGGGGCGUGGCGUGAACACGAAGGCGUGUGGUCUACGCGACAGUUCGAGGUGCUUUCCAAGUACCUUGGGAACAAAGUCAUGCUGGGAGACGCAUCGCCUGAACUAUUUGAUGUGAUGAUGGACCGCGACCUCUUGAUGAACCUCGUGGCCGCAUCAUCGGACAAUCACAUGCGUUUCAUAGACGCGCGGGAGGACCUGCUAACGACGCGCGCUAAUGCCUGGCGUGAUGAGCUCGUCCAAGGAACUAAUGACAAUGAAGUGAAACGCAACAGAGACAGAAUAUUGGAGAUCAAUUAUUUCAUAGACAACCAGCGUGAAGAAUGGGCGGAUAUGCAUAUGGCGCUCACUGACACUGUAGAUCCUGAUGCCGUAGCCUUAUUGGGAGAUGAUUUUUAACCUAAUAUUUCUUUUUCUGUCAUGUUGGAGGUUUUAUUUUAAUAGGUACCAAAAAUACCAAUAAUAUUAGUUAAAAUAUGAAUCAGACUUCUGAACUGAAUUCAUUCAGCAUUAUAUUUAUUAUCAUCAAUGAAUGACACUUUCAGUGCAGAUUUGUACGUCACUUACUUGUAUGAAAUAAUUUUACAUUAAAUCGAUUAAAACGUUAUUUUGUAAGUUUAUUUCUAUUCAACAAUAACAUGUCUUUAUAGAUACUUUUGGUAGGUACAAUAGGUAGGUAGGUACCUUAUUUUUGUCCAUUCUGGUUAAAAAACUUUGUCUUUAAGUCCUACGUAGAGGGCGCCAUAUUCGUUGACCCGGAGCCUGUGUCUUUUUGUAACAACAGCGCCACACAUCAGUAAACUAUUCAUUUUGAGCUUAAAACUGAACUGAACUUAUCCAGCCUUAUUCGCUUUGGCUGUCUUUUUCUUCUUUAAAUUAUCCAUAAAUGUAUCUAAUAACUGCUGGACUUCGGCGCUUGUUAUAACGUUUACAAAGUUAGCCGUGUAUUGUUUUUUAUUUUGCUCUAUUUUCGUUAGGAAAUCUUGUCUAAAGGAGCGUUUGGUUUUAAUUCGGGCAGUUACUGGUAUUUGAUCGUAUAAUCGUAUGUAAGCCUUGCAUUUUUCUAUUGCGUCUGCUUUGUCUGCCGCGACUUCAUCUACAAGGCCCACCU